AAAAGUGUGUUUCUUUAUUGUCAAUGGAUAAUAGUAUUUGCACAAAUAAUCAAUGUCACAUAUUACUAUCAAUCACAUCCACAGCUGUUUUUUCUCCGUAAAUAUUUCUUGGUGCACCUCGAACUUUGACACGGAACUCUCUUCUUUGGUACUAUGCAACCUGCACAGGGUAACGCUGUCACGUGAUGUCAUAACAAGGAAGUGAAACUAGAAACAUGGCGACAGGCUCGAACAUCAGCUCCGACACUUGCAGUAUUUGUACUGAACAUUUUAACCAGCCAAAACUUCUGCCAUGUUUCCACACGUUCUGUCUGGAAUGUCUACAACAGUUUGUGUCGUCAUCGUCCAAGGACGGUCAGUUCCUGUGUCCUCUGUGUCGGUAUCAAGUGACCUUACCUGAGGUGGGAGUGACGGGCUUUCAGACUAACUUCUAUAUUGAGGCCAGGGCGGAGAAGCAAGGCCACAGUGGAGGUGAGUGUUGUGGGGUGUGUGAGCAGCGUGCGACUCACUCGUGUCGUGAGUGUGAAAUCAUGCUGUGUGACACGUGCACAAAAGGUCAUCGAAUUGUUCCAGUCUCGCGAUCUCACCUGUUAAUAAAUCUGAGUGAUUCCAGUACAGAAAAAACAUUUUUGUCAAAGCAAACAUUUUGCGAAAAACACAAGGACGAAAAGCUGAGAUUUUAUUGUUUACCCUGCAGUAAGAUGAUUUGUCGAGAUUGUAAACAUACAAACCAUGAAGGUCAUAAGACAAAAGAUAUCGCCGAUGUUGUUGAAGAAGCUCGAACCAGCCUGACCAAAACGAAAGUAGAACUAGAAAUGUUCAAAGCAAAAAUAGAAAAAUCAAUUGGUAAUAUUAAUGAAAAUAGCACUAAUAUGUCUAAACACAUAAAGGAUGUUAAAGAAGAAAUAAACAAGCUUGCUGAUUCAUUGGUUGUCAUGAUAAACAAGGCACGUCGUAUAGAGAUAGACAGAGUGACAGACAUAGACAAAACACACGAAAAGAAAUAUUCCGAUGAACAAUGUAGAUUAACACAAAGAAAAUGUUUCCUACAGAGUCAGAUUGAUCGCACGGACGCCAUGUUGAAAGAUGGACUUGAGUGUGAUGUAUUGACAGCUGACAGCGAGAUGAAGCAACGACUCGCAGAAAUACAGAAGGAACAGCAGCUUGACUCAGAUUUUGAUUCUAAAUCUUUGAAUAUUUCUGACAUUCCGCCAGUGACUCCAGGUGUGCUGGAUGUUGUCAGGUGUGCAGUCCGUAACGUCAUGACUCAUGUUUUUCCAAUUUCAAGAAAACCUACAUCACUAAAGGUGUUGGAAACAUUCUUUGAUGCAGGGUCUACAGUGCAUUCUAUAUGUUUGACGAAAAGUCUAAACAUUCUGAGUGUGCAAGGCAAAGAUUGUCAUGUUUGUCUAUUUAAAGAAUCGCUUUCCCCAAUAUUAACAUUCAGAGUUAGUCUGGAUAAGGUGAUCAGUGAAGGAGUUCAUGGUGUGAUAGAGAAACACAACAAAGACAACCCAGACAACAAAAUACCUGCAGAUGAUUACACAAACCUGAAGAAACCGUUUCCGUACAAGGACACUAAUAACAAUGGUGACACGUGCUGGGUUAUCAAGGAGCAUAACUGGGUUGGUAUUCAAACUGCCAGCGGAGAUAUCCGAACAUUGACCUUCAACCCAUUUGCUGAACCCGGACAAGAGUUCAGACCUUUAGAUGUGUGCUGGGGAAACAAUCAGGAAGUAUAUAUUGUGGAUGGUGAAACACAUAUGAUUAUUGUGUAUAGUCUUCAAGGUGGAUUUCAGAAUUCAAUUAUAACAACCAACGAAAUGUAUGAUCUUACUCCCACAGCUGUAGCUAUGAACACAAAUGGAAACCUUGUGGUUGGUGACGCAUACGGCGUGAUUAGUAUUUACAGAAUAGACUGAUUUGUAACUAACUUCAAGUGUCGAAUAACUUUGCUGACUUGUAAGUACAAUCCAUGAUUGGAAAGAAGGAAGGAAAUGUUUUGUUUAACGACGCACUCAACACAUUUUAUUUACGGCUAUAUGGCGUCAGACAUAUGGUUAAGGACCACACAUAUAUUGAGAGAG